AUGAAUAUUUCUCUUUUGAUGAUGGUGCUUCGACUUCAUCUCGUCUGUUUGGCGAUCUUUGUCUUGCCUGAGACGUUGAUAGGAAGAGCGAGCGGAAAUAAUUUCUUCGUACCAGUUCUUCGUUGGUAUCACUAUGACUUUAAUCAAGUUCAGGUGCGCUGGAAUGUUGGAGAGAUGAAGAGAGCGCACGUCGAAGAAAUUAGCGUCACUGCAAAAUUGGCAAAUGACUCGACUCUCAUCGUGACAAAAAAUGUCAGUGUCAACAAUGGGCAGGUCAAAAUUGAUGGAUUGAGUCCCUACACAUUAUAUAUUAUGGCUGUGGAUGGUUUUAAAGGUCAAACGACUGCAUUUAGUUUUCAACGCUUUCUUAGAACAUGGCCGACUGCUCCUUCGGAGGUGCAGCCACCCAAUGGGAAGGCCAUAUCAGCGAAACAAAUUCAACUGCAAUGGUCUCCACCCGCCCAUCCCAAUGGCAUCCUCAAACCCUACAUUCUCACCUGUUCGAGCAACAUACAGGGCAGAGAUCCAAUAAGUGUCUCAACUAAAGACAACUUAACCACCUCGAUCACAGUCGGAGGUUUGUCUCCGAGUACUGAGUAUGUGUGCUACGUGACUGCCAGCACAAUUGCAGGGACUGGACAGAAUCCGAAGGAAUGUGAAAAGAAGUCGCAGCCAUCAGCUCCUAUACGGACCGAAGCUCCUUCGGAGGUGCAGCCACCCACUGGGAAGGCCAUAUCAGCGAAACAAAUUCAACUGCAAUGGUCUCCACCCGCCCAUCCCAAUGGCAUCCUCAAACCCUACAUUCUCACCUGUUCGAGCAACAUACAGGGCAGAGAUCCAAUAAGUGUCUCAACUAAAGACAACUUAACCACCUCGAUCACAGUCGAAGGUCUGUCUCCGAGUACUGAGUAUGUGUGCUACGUGACUGCCAGCACAGUUGCAGGAACUGGACAGAAUCCGAAGGAAUGUGAAAAGAAGUCGCAGCCAUCAGCUCCUAUACGGACCGAAGAUAGGAAAUUGGUUGUGCCAAAUCUUCAAUGGCAGCAUCUAGCCUUUAACGAAGUGCUGGUGAAGUGGGAUGUUGAGGAGAUGCAGAAGGAGCAAGUGGAAGAAAUUGGUUUGACAGCCAAACUGACCAACGACUCCACUCCUAUCAAGACGACAAAUGUUAGUGUCAACAAUGGACAGGUCAAAAUUGAUGGAUUGAAUGCUAACACAUUAUAUAUCAUGAUCGUGGAAGGAUAUGAUCGUGAAGAUCGUAUUUUUAAUAUCGAACAUCACUUUCUUACAUGGCCGACUGCUCCUUCGGAGGUGCAGCCACCCACUGGGAAGGCCAUAUCAGCGAAACAAAUUCAACUGCAAUGGUCUCCACCCGCCCAUCCCAAUGGCAUCCUCAAACCCUACAUUCUCACCUGUUCGAGCAACAUACAGGGCAGAGAUCCAAUAAGUGUCUCAACUAAAGACAACUUAACCACCUCGAUCACAGUCGGAGAAUGGGUGACGACGACUGCUAUCAUGACUAGCGGAUCGAGCCUAGUCUCUUCUGCCUUUGCAUUUGUACUUGCUUGCAUGUUGGCGCCCCCAGCUUGA